AACUUCCGCUGCUUGUCGGUGAAGUGAGUCACCUCAUUCUAUAAGGGCUACGAGUUGUCUUCUAUGUAUUUUAUUUUGUUGUUAAUUUGGAAAAGAUGACGAGAAUUCGUUUGUUGGAAAAAAUAUUCGUUUUCUACUUUAUAACGCAUAUUCCCAUCACAUUAUUUAUCGACUUUCAAACUAUUCUACCUGGAUAUCUAUAUCCCCGAGCUCUGAAAGACCUUCUCAAGUGGUAUUCAAGGGUGUUCAAAGACUCACUACUUCUGCAUCCUCCGGCGUGGUUCAAGUCUUUUAUCGUUUGUGAGGCUGCGCUUCAAACACCUUUCUUUCCGAUUGCAGCAUACGCUUUCCUCAAAGGGAGCCGUCACUGGAUCAGGACUCCGGCCAUUAUCUAUUCGACACAUGUCAGCACCACGUUGAUCCCAAUUCUCUCUCACAUAAUCUUUCAUGACUACACUGUUGAAAGCCCGUGGGGCCCAGAGACACAACAGGAACGUUGGAUCCUUGUCACCAUAUAUGCUCCAUACUUGUUCGUCCCUGUCCUACUCCUCUUCACCAUGCUGCUUUCAUCCACAUACAAUCCUGGCAAAUUUAGAAAGGCAUUGCCAAAUGAAGCCAAGGGGAAAAAAAUGAAAUGUUACUAGACUUUUGCUAUUUUAUUAGAUAUAAUGCAAACUGAGCGGGUUUUAAGUAAUUUUUAUUUACAUAAAUUCAUUCAUAUGCCAUUCUGUACAAAAUCUGGGGAAAAGAAUUAGAUCACUUAAUCACCAUUAAAGUGUACAGACAAUUCCUGUGACUUCAAGACGAGCUUUGUCACUGUUCAGCAUCUUGUGUAGAUGUGCCUUGGCUGAUCACUUCCGCUUAAUUGGACAAUCAAUGGAAAUUGAUACACCUUUGCAUUCUUUUAAUGGUGAUAAAUCACUCCUUUAUUCUGAAUCGAAUUAUGCAAAGGUUUUUUUAAGAUUGUCUGUUUAUUGUUGUGUAUAGAAAUUUGAGGACAAAAAUGUAUAACCUUUUUGUAUAAACAUUGCAUAAACA